CAAAAUCUUAAUUUAAAUACACUAUCGUUUCGCCUUUAGUGGGGAUUAAUGAGAUUGGUAUAAAAAGUAUGUUGUAUAUUUGAAACGGUACCAUUAGAUCUAUAUUAUUUAUGAAAAGAUGAAACUACUUGUGUUAAUAAGCAGUUUAAUAGUUGCGUCAACUGCUCGACCGGAGCCCCCUCGAGGUUACAAUUACCCAUCACCAAAAUUCCAAUCGGUUCAACAUUCUUUUACAUCUGGUCAAAUUCAAACACCCGCUUACCAAUUUCCGAUUACUACUUUCGGUAACGGCGAUCUAGGAAAUGAAAUUUUCUCCAACUUCGAUUCCGGAUCUUACGAUGAUUAUUCUUCUGGACCUGCAGUGAUCCAAUCCGGCCCGGCUACCGUGCAUAAGCAUGUCUACGUCCAUGUCGCACCGGAGGAACCCGAGGAAGUUCGUCCCCGGAAUCCGGUUGUAGUUAGUGCUCCUCAAAAGCAUUAUAAGAUCAUCUUCAUCAAGGCUCCUUCUCCGCCGAAACCAGCGCUACCAGUUAUACCGGUCCAACCACAAAACGAAGAGAAAACCCUCGUUUACGUACUCGUUAAGAAACCCGAAGAGGCGCCGGAAAUUAAUAUACCGGCCCCCGCACCCACCCAACCUUCUAAACCGGAAGUUUACUUCAUUAAAUACGGAACCAAAAAGGAGCAAACUGCUCAAGUCGAAGAAAAUAUUUCGAACGGGAAUAUUUUAGGCCAAGAAACUGGUAUUCUUAAUAACGGACAGUCGGAAAUUUCUACUUCAUUUGGAUCUACUGGGGGUGCUUCUUUCGACCCCUCGAUUGAACAAUCUAGUAAAACAAUUGGGGGUAAUCAUAAUCAGUUGGCUGCAUCAGUUGGAUUGACAAACAGUGCUACCAGAUAUGGCCCUCCAGGACAUAAAUAA